CGACGAUUCGCGACAGGUCGUCAGCCAAGCGAAAUGCCGCGCUGCUCAGCCUCCAGGGGCACGUCACAGCUUUUGGUUGUGUCGCGUGCCCAGUGGCCCAAUUUCUUCUGCGAUGACUUCACCUUCCACGAGCUGUUUCUCCCGCUCCGCUGCUUCUUUUCUUUGUCUAGCGCCUCGAGUCGGCGGCCAACAGCAACAGAGUCACGUAUCUGACACUGAACACACAUAACCGACAGCUUCCGGCCACCGGCCCUGCGCUAUCCCAUGCGCAUAUCUCUCUAAGACUCUUGGACGUCUCACUCCAAGACCCGUUCCUUUCCCCGGUCCUCCCUCUUUCGAACCCCGUACAGCUUUGUUCUUGUCCUUUCAAAGACUUCAACUCUAGCCAUGAACAUGAGGUCUCUACACAUGCCGUCGAAACGGCUCGUACUGUCAUACAUCUUUGACUGGAUAGUGAUAAUUGCUAUCGCCGCUGUCGGAGGAGGAUGGAACUACCUGACGCCUUUUCACCGACCAUUCUCUCCCGUAGAUCUCAACAUAUCAUAUCCCUUCGAGGUUCAUGAGACAAUCCCAACAUGGCUACUUGUCUUGUGCGCGCUCGUCAUUCCCGCUAUCGUCGUCUUCCUGGUCUGUUUGAUAUUCGUACCCGGACCGACUGCUAGCAGAGGUACACCGCAAGCGCUUAUCUGGAGGAGGAAGUUCUGGGAAUGGAACACCGGGUGGAUGGGCCUCGGAUUGUCACUCGCCACUGCCUUUAUGAUUACCCAAGGGAUGAAGAACCUUUUCGGAAAACCGCGGCCUGACCUUCUCUCGCGUUGCCGGCCAGACCUCAACCGCAUCGCUGAGACGGCUCUCAACCCAGUCGCGGACAACUUCAACCCUUUGUGGGUCCUGGUCAGCUCGGAUAUUUGCACGAACACCAACAAUGAUAUCCUGCAGGACGGGUUCAAGUCCUUUCCUAGCGGGCACGCAAGCUUCUCAUGGGCUGGUCUUCUGUACCUCAGUCUUUUCCUUGCCUCCAAAUUCGCCGUCGCGAUACCCUUCCUGCCACCCCGUCCCUUUAGUACAAACCCUGCAUACACUUCCGCCAUUGCGCCAUCCAAUCUGAAGGAGAAGUCUAUCCUACCGACCCAUAAGACAGAUUCCAGCUUGGCAUCUCGUUCCUACCAAGAGGAGAAGGUUGUACCCAUCCGCUAUCACGCCGCCGCGCCUCCCGUAUACACUCUUGUCCUGGUCCUCGUUCCUGUCGGCGCCGCUAUCUACAUCACCAGCACGCGGUUUACGGACUUCCGCCAUUUCGGCUUCGACCUCCUCUUUGGCAGUUUUAUUGGCAUCGUUUCCGCGUGGUUCAGUUUUCGAUGGUACCAUUUGCCGGUCACGCGUGGUGCGGGCUGGUCUUGGGGACCGAGGAGCUAUAAGAGGUCUUGGGGCAUUGGUGUUGGUGUAGGAUCAUACGUCGGAACGGAAGGUUGGAGUCAUGGGGCUUCAGAGGGAGACGCUAGAAACGGGCAAGGAGGACUCACAGAGAGUGAGAGACGUACAGACGAGACAAGAAUAGAGGGUGAACAUGCGGUUUGAUACCCAGGAUUUGGUUGUUUAGGAUGUAGGGCCGGCGUUCUCUGGAUUAGGAUUUACUUUGUGUGAAAGAUUCGGUGGAAGGACACAGGACCUUUCGAAAAGCUUGGUACAUCAGAGUAUAAUAGUAUUACUUCAAUCCCUUCGCUCCCUCUUUGAGCUUUGGUGAUUCCUACCAUCCUAGAUUUCAUAGCGCUCUGCGCCGAGUUGCA